UAUCUUGGUGACCAUUCACAGUUGAUUGCCCUGUCACUUCCCAUGAUUAAACAUUGCUGGCCUGUUUGAUGAGUUUGAAACGGCUUUUUCCUUCUUUUUAACCAUCACAAAAGAAAAGACUCGGUCUAGACAGUUUCUUAUCAUCACGCCAGUCCCUUAUACACCGCAUAACAACCGAGACUGAAGUCAACAAUCGGUCUGUCCGUUAAGUGGAAUAUUGGACGUACACCAUCUGAUCUAUUCUCCUUGUGAUCCCACCCUCUUUUUAUCGAUCCUUGACCUGUUUUCGCACUGGCGAUAUCCGUCCUGGAUUUAUAUCUCCGUAAUCCUUCAUAAUCCCCUGUCCAACAUGCGAAUUGUUCCCUGAACAGUAGAUCUCUCUUCCACAGCGCAUCUCAAGGCCGGCAGUCGUCCAAUCGCUUGACUACUUGUUCCGCACAGCCAUAGCCACAUUAUCAUCUGGUAUCUACACGUUCUUCACUGGCCGAGUCGGCCAUCAUAAUCGAUAAUUGCAUAGGAACUAUGACACAACAACAGCAUGGCUCGUCAACUGCGACGCAGGAGCAUCACCCUAAAGUCGUUGGCAAGAAACUAGCCGAGACAGCCGUCCAAUUCACACAACAAGCUGAGAAGCUCUCACACCAACAUCCAACGAGCGAAGACCCCGGAGUUGCCAUCGAAGCAAAAUUUGUCACGCCUCAUGACCCUGUUAUCAUCACUUCAGAUGGAAAACGACUCCCGGGUGUGCCAUUGCAGGAGGCGCAUAGGCUUAAUGUCCUGAGGGAAGAGCUUCAAGGCGAGCCUGAGAGUGUCGAAAUCAAAGCAGGAAACGAAACCAAGGAGAAAAUAUCCAAUGUCGAGAACGCAAACCCCGAGCAAAAAAAGGUUGUUCAGUUGCCUUCAGAACAGAAUGGCGCAUCUCUACAAAAGUCCAACAGCAACAGCACAUUGCGAAAACAAACACCCCCUUCUCAUACCAAUCCUCUCUUCCCUCCACUGCCGCUAUAUGGGCCUCCCAAUAUGUUGCGCAAUCUUCAAUGCAUGUUCUUUCGAAUCAGCGCAUUCUUUCUCAGUCUGGCAUUUCUCGGCGUUAUCGUCUUGGGCUCAUUGUUUACGACGAUACCCAUGAUCUGGAAGAACAUCUGGUACCGGCUGACUUUUCGCGAUCCUGAUUCUGAUAGGCCGUUCUAUGAAGAAGAGAAACGCAGAGCUCAAGCAAGACGCGAGCAAGAAAAGUCUUGGAAGCAAAAAUCACCAAAUGGACGAACGCUAGACAGGAUGGAAAAUGCUGAGGAAUUCCCACCAACCGAAGGCGGACCAGACCCAAUCAUCUGUGACGUCGCAUAUUAUGCGCGCAGAGUUGGUCUAGACGUUGAGACAUUUGAGGUUCAGACCGAAGACGGAUUCAUAAUCGACUUAUGGCAUGUUUACGACCCCAAAGAGUAUACCGAAUUGGAGGAAAGCUUGAGGUCUGAUCAAGGGCCAGAAGUAUUCCAACCCCAGAGGAAGAAGCUCAAAGACCCAUCACAGAAGCCAAAGUUCCCCGUGCUGCUCAUGCAUGGCCUCCUACAAAGCUCGGGUGCUUAUUGCUGUAAUGAUGACGACUCUCUCGCUUUCUGGCUGUGCAAGUCUGGCUAUGACGUGUGGCUUGGCAACAACCGUUGUGGGUUCAAGCCCAAGCAUGCACUGCUUGAGUACAACGACCCGAGGAUGUGGUGCUGGAAUAUUAGACAGAUGGGUGUUUUCGAUCUUCCCGCGUUGACGUCGCGAGUCAUCACAGAGACGGGUUUCGAAAAGAUUGGACUUAUCUGCCACUCCCAAGGUACAACUCAAACCUUUGUCGCUUUGGCCAAAGAACAGCGACCUGAGCUGGGCGAGAAGCUGACCGUAUUCUGCGCUCUCGCCCCAGCCGCAUAUGCUGGCCCGUUAAUCGGCAAAAUGUACUUCAAGUUCAUGCGAAUCAUUUCGCCAGGUCUAUUUCGUCUCAUGUUUGGCAUCCAUGCAUUCAUUCCUUUCAUGAUGCAGAUGCACAAACUGUUGGAUCCCCGUCUAUAUGGCUGGCUUGGUUACAAAGUCUUCUCGUUUCUGUUUGACUGGACUGACGCCCGUUGGGAUCGUGGCCUUCGCAAUCGCAUGUUCCAGUUUGCGCCUGUUUACGUCAGCGCCGAGUCUAUGCGAUGGUGGCUUGGCCGAGAGUGCUUUGCCAAGCACAAAUGUAUCUUGUCGACGAAAGAGAUUGUUAGAGCUGAGGAGCACAUGGAUUCCAAGGGAGAUGGACGGCCCGUGACACCAAGGACCUCAUCGGCGCUCGAAGCUCAUCGAAAACAUCCCAAGGGCUCUACCGCGUGGUACAACAAACAAGCACCACCUAUGGCUAUGUGGGUUUGUGGUAACGACGAUCUUGUUGACGGAAGGAAACUGCUCCGGCGGUUUGAGAAGGGCCGCGAGCCUCAUGUCAACUUGGUCCACAGCAAGGUGAUUCCUGAAUACGAACAUCUAGAUGUCAUCUGGGCGAUGGAUGCGGUCGAUCAGGUUUUCAAAGAAGUACGUGAGGUUCUAUGGAAGACAUGCAAUGCACGCGAUAUUUGCCGCGUCCCUGAAGGUUGUGAGGCGGUGCUACCAGAAAAGGAGAAACUGUCUGUCAAAGAAGAUGUGGUAGAGGAGUGCCAAUCGAGUAGUAGCGGCGAGACUUAGAAAGUGUUCAAAGAGACAUAACGAUAGACACGAACUAAUACACGGAGAUGAAAGAGGGAUGCGGAUAUACAUGGAACACAAAAAGGAUAUACGGAUUUGAGCAUAUAUGGAUUGAUAUCAUGUUAUGGAUACCUCUGCUUGGCUUUGUGAAUAUCAGCACUUUCAGAUACCUCGAGUUGAAUUUCACUAUGGGGCGAUGGUGUUGUUUGGAUGACGUUGAGGUUGGUACAUGUUAUGUUGAAUACCGAGGCAACGAGUUCAGACAUGCUAUUUUAAACAUGGAUUAAGUUAACAUGAUCUCUUAUACUAAUUACAGCGCCUGCAUCAAUUGCAGUGCUUAGUAGCAAGUCUACAACCUCUUUAUAUCGAAGAAAUGAGAUCACGGCAAACGAGAGAGUUUCGUAGGACGUGGUAGGUGUUUAAAUUAUCUUGUACACUAGUCGUAUAUUCUACAAUUCAUUGCCUUUCAUA